AUGAUGUCCAGUGCUUUGCAAAGUGACCAUAUCCUGCGGCCCCCGCAGGAUAGUUCCAUUUCUAAACCGCGUGCUGUGUAUAGUAUUGACCAAAUUUUGGGCAAUCAUCAUCACCACCAUCAUCAUCAUCAUCACAUACGGACUACUAUAAACAAUAAUAACAACAACAACAAUAUCAGCCUUGGUAUCAAUAAAAACGAUCACGACAAUUCCUUGAAACGUGAGAGUUCGCCGGCGGAAUCACAUGAAAAUGGCGUUGACGUGGACAACGAUGACGAGCUACCCAAUAUGGGCGAAUUGGACGGCAUGGAUGGGGAUCCGAACGAUAUGGGCCGGCCGAGAAAGAUUCGACGAUCUCGGACAACGUUUACAACCUUCCAACUGCACCAACUGGAGCGAGCCUUCGAAAAGACACAAUAUCCUGAUGUUUUCACCCGGGAGGAACUGGCUAUGCGGCUGGAUCUUAGUGAAGCGAGAGUUCAGGUAUGGUUCCAAAAUCGACGUGCAAAGUGGCGCAAACGAGAAAAAGCCAUGGGUAGAGACACAUCUGCUUUUCUACAUCACGAUCAAGGAAUGCCUGAAUUCCCGCUUGGACUUCCACUGCCACACCAGCUGACUCAUCCGGCCCUGCCGCCGACCGAGUUCUGGUCGGCGAACUUUGGGCUUCAUCCGACGUUGCUGCCCGGCUCCGGACACCCGUUAAUCCACCCGAACAUGAUGCCCAACUACAAGAUCCCGCACUUCCACUCGCUUCUUUCGCAGUACAUGGGCCUAAAUUCGCUGUUCGGUGCGGCCGCCUACCCGCAGAACUUGACCAUCAACACACGGCUUAGUCCUCCGAACAGUCCCAAGGAGAGCCCGAAUGGGGCGGCAACGGGAACCACUGGUGGCGGCGCCGCCGCCAACAACAGUAGUAGCAGUAGCAACAGCAGCAGCAGCUCCAACAGCAGUACUAGCAGCAAUGUAAGUGUCGGCAGCAACAGUAUCAAUACUAGCAAAGAAAGUGUGGCAGAAAAAUAA